AGAGAGUGGGGGAAAAAGAAACAUGGAGGACUUUCUAGCAACUGUGCGAUCAAUUUCUGCUGACAAAAAUUAUGUUCAGCUGGCAGAUUUUUUAAACAGAUCUAAUGAGUUACUUGCUAAGUACGCAGGUCAAAUUGACGCUGCCAUCGCAUCUCUUGAUCCAGAUCAACAUACGCUGGCUUUUAUGGCACUUUUGUAAGAUACACGACAAGUUUUCCUCUCUGCACAUAUUUAGCUUAAUUAAUAAUUUCAUGCUUAAUUUUGGUACCGUUUUUUGUUUUUUUCUUGAGACCAUUUUAACUGAAGAAUAUCUUAAAUUUAUUCUUUAGGUUGGUUAAAUUGUCUUUGCCAAAUUAUGGAGAUUUUGAGUUACUCUUUAGUCAGAUUCAACAGUUUAUAACUGUUUGUUCCAAGGAACAAAUUCAGUUUGCUGGGGAAAAGUGUAAGUUUCUCGUAAAUGUCCAUUGUGCUUUUUUCUCAGUAUUAAUUUUAAUUUCAAGGUCAAAAUAUUUGUUAUUUCCAUUUUUCUAGUCGCUCAUAUUUGUCACUUCAUAACACAAUGCCUGGUGGACCUUAAACAGGUAUGCAUGUUCAAUCUUUGAUUUCAACGCCAAAUUUAUCUGUUACUUAUCAGCAGUAACCAUUAAAAGCUGUGUAAAAACAUUUUUGCAUAAUGUUCAGGGAUGUCAAGACCAUGCUGUGUUGAAGGGUCAUAACAUCUCCUCAACAAGUGAGAUGUAUAAGAUGAGUUUGAGUUAAAGGCCAUUUACAUGGAUUUCAUGGAUGUCAUGUAUUUUAUUGUACAAUAAUUUUUUUGCAGGACAAGAUCGGCACGGCUAAUCCGGGGGUAAGGGGUAGGGGAUAAGGGGUAAAAAUCAUACUGUAAACAUUGGCAAUAUUAGCAAUGUUUUUUCUAGAAGCUAUGUGGCCCACCACCCUUAUAAACAGCCCUUGAUACAAGGUGGAAGGUACAUUAUUGAUAUGACGCGCAAGUUGUGAUCCAAUCCGAUCAAGGAAAUGAAUGAAUAUAUGAAAAAGUACUUGGGUGCCAUUUCAUAAAUCGUAUCGAAAACCAAAACCGUAAACGUCGAUUGAUUGUAGUUGGGUUUGGUGUUCGAUACGAUUUAUGAAAAAUAAAAGUAUACACAGCUUUUCUUUUUAUGGGGCACGCAUUUUGGAAAGAGAACAUUGAAGACAGAGUAAAAUUAUUGCAAUCAAAUGUCUUAAAUAAAAUUGUUGUCUUAAGAUAACAAUGGCCGAUUUGUGUAAAAUAAGUCGUAAAAUGAGGGAAUGACGUUUCAGAGAACUUAGCUCAUAAACUCAUAAAUUUUCCAGUGAGGGUUUGGCCAUGUCUCUUACUCCACUACCCCCCUCCACUACCCCCCCCCCCCCCCCCCCCCCCGCAAAGGCCCCCCCCCGGCCCUUAUUUUUUCCUUUCCCCCCCUGACGGUCCCCCUCCCCUCCGGGCCAAAAUUUAGAGGAAACCAUCCCACAAAAGUGCCCUUUCCUUUCUUUACGGUGUAUAUAUUAUUAAAAAAAAAGGGGCAGUUUUGUAAAAAAAAUCGAAAAAAGGGGGGAUGACGUUUCAGAGAAACUUUCCCCAAAACUCAUAAAAUUUCCCGUGGGGGUUUGGCCCCCUUCCUUUCCCCCCCCCCCCCCCCCCCCCCCCCCCCCCCCCCCCCCCCCAGAGGAAAGUGCACCUCUGGGGCAUAUAUUUUGCCUUGCCGGCCAUGACUGGUCCCUUACCUGCUGGGCUAAAAUUUAAGGAGAACACUGCCAAACAGUGUCCAUUAUCUGUCUUAACUGGUAUCUAUAUUAAUCAACUAAUGUAGGGCAAGGCAAAAUAUAUGAAAUAUAUAUGAAACAAGGAAAACCUCCUGCUGCAAGCAGUGUUUAUAUAAAGCAGUGGUCCAUACAGGAGCGUUGCACUCAGUUUCUUAAGGUUUUGUUUUUCCACUAUUUUUCACAGCCAAUGCGAGGGAUAAGAAUGAUGUGUGUUGCUAUACAAAAAGCUCAACAGUCUUCAACUCAACUCACAUCAAUUCACACGGAUCUUACACAGGUAACAGAAUUUGUGAGUGUUUGCAUUGUUUGGUUCAGGAAAUCAUAUACAGCUGUUUCGAGAAAGGUUGUUGGAAAAAGUGCACGUGACAAUCCCAAAAGGUAUUGUGGGUGGUUUAAGUCUGCCCUGUUCUCCAAAGAAAUUUGAAAGAAAGGCAUGAAAGGCAACCGACAAAUGUCUGCGAGUGCUAAUGGAAAGCAACAAAAGUAGGUUCGAAAGCUACAGUCGUUAGGAACAGUGUAUUGAUCAUAUCCCAUAUUUCUUUUAGGGAUUGUCCCCUCCACAUUUUUUCCGACAACAUUUCUCAAAAUAGCUGUAUACAUGUAAGAAAGUCGGAAGGGCUAACUCUUCAGCCUGCAGGCAAAACAGGGCUGCAAAUAACUUUUGUCUUUAGAAAGGACAUAUGUCCUGACCAGGUCACCCUAGUCAAAUCAAAUAGUUUGUUGACCACACAUAAUAAACUAUGCAGAUCUUAAAUGCCUAAAUGAUAAUCUUUGGUAGUAUUUGAUCUGUCUAGUCAUCAUUUCCAACUGCAGUGAAGACUUUGUUGGACAAUCGACAUGGUUAAGUCAUUGUCUUGAUGACCAACUGUUAUUUGUGGCUCUGCAAAAUUAUUUUAGUUUAGUCAGCUUAAUGGACUGAAGUUGACUAACUAAUAAUUAUUAUAAGUUUGUACCCUUGAAUGCAUGGUGUACACACCAUGCACUGUAGGUUGUUAGAGGACAUUUUGAACUUGCAAACAUGUUUUUGGUAACCUGCUUAACAUUAUUGAUGGUUUAUUGUAUGUCUCUCUUCUCAAUGACAGGGGCACCACACAGCUCUUUACAAGACCUCACAGUAUUAGCUGUGAAAACAAGAGACAUAGAAAUAUAACAAUGACUCUAUCUCUAAAAUUAUGGAGCUGCAUGUUAUGGAGAACCAGUGAAAUUAGAGGUUUUUAAAAGCUGCAUACUAACUGCACUGACAUGGGUCUUUUCAAAUAAAGGAGUGAAGAUUUUAAUGCUUCAUUUGUAUAAGUGUUUAUGAUGCAAGAUUAAUGAAGUUAAAUGAAAUUUAAUACUGUUAACAACAAGGAGUACAGUCUCUUGUUGUCGGUCAGUGGGUCAGUGUGGUGGUGCAAGCGUAAUCAGCCCUGCUUGCAUUAGCUCCAUGUGUUUAGUACAAUGCUUUCAUUGCACUCUCUUGCUUUGUUUAGCCUUUGGAUUGUGCCUUCUUCCCCACCUCUUCCUUCUCUUUAUUUUUCACCAAUAUAUCAGUGUGACAGUUGCUGGUUCCAUUGGUGUGGGAGCUCGUGGUUGGAAGGUGAGGGUUUGCCAGCCAUGGGGGCAUAACUCUGUCUAGGGGCUGGCUUUGCAUAAAGUGUAAGGUCCUGGACAUCCCUGGCACCCAGCUCCACUUAGCUAUGCAGCUGUUGAUUGUGUAUUAAAAUGGUCAUUUUUCACUUUCAACAGCUUUGUUUACUUGCCAAAUGUCUGAAGCCAGCCUUGCCAUUCCUAGAUACCGAUAUAACAGACAUACAUAAAGAGGUAUGUUUUAUUCUAGCAUGCUGAUAACCAGCAUACAAAAAUAAUCAAACCUCCACAAGUUAAUGAAGACAUACUAGUCAACUAAUGAUCAACACCUCCUUAAAAGCUGAAAACCUGUUCCCCAUUCUUCAGAAAGCCCUCAUUAGGGGACCUCCUUCUAAACAGGUAUCUUAUAGCAGAAAUCUUCCUGAUAUUCCUUUUAUCAGGCUUUAGUGUGCAUUUCAGCUCUCCAGCAGGAAGCUCAACAUUAAUCUGGCAUCCCUACUCAAUAGACAUUGCACAGGAGUUGCCUCCUGUGACACUGGCCUGUUCACUUGGUAUUAAUUUGAAAUGAAUUGAAUUAAUUUUACAAAAAAUAUUCCUCAACUCCAUUGAACAAUUUGUUGAAAGUUUGGCACAGCUUUCAGAACCCAUCAGGAUCCCUUCAACGGUGAUGAUUUUUGCUGUUAUUCGCAGCCUCGUAUUAAUUUUGUUGUAGAAUUUCAUUAUUUGGUACGUUAAAACUUUGUCACCAUACAGUGUACAUCUUUUGGUUUUUCUUUAGGGUGGAAAAUAUGAUGCCAAAGCACUGCUUGGAUAUUGUUAUUAUGGAGGAAUGAUCUACACUGCUCUAAAGAAGUUUGAGAAAGCAUUGUACUUUUUUGAAGUGGUAUGCUUGUUGGAUCAGUAAUACUAUCUUGUAUAUGUACAGUAGGUCUUUUGUUUUCUUAAGGCUGGUUUUCACUAGCGACGGAGUCGGAGUCGGAGUCGUAAGCAGAGUCGUAAGGGCGCUUAUGACCUAGUGAAAAUAAAAAAUCGGAGUCGUAAGCGGAGUCAUAAGCGCGACGGAAUCGGAGUCAGAAGAAUCAGAAUGUUUCCAUUUCUUCCGACUCCGCUUACGACUCUGUCGCUUACGUUCCGCUUAUGAUCUAGUGAAAACCAGAUUGUCGGAGUCGGAAGCAGAAGCGGAAGGAUAAACCAAUCACAAUGCACGUUCCCACGCUUUGUGAUUGGUUCGGUUCUUCUGCUUCUGCCUCCGACUCCGACAAUCUGUUUUUCACUAGAUCAUAAGCGGAACGUAAGCGACGGAGUCGUAAGCGGAAUCGGAACGCUGUUUUCACUAGAUCAUAAGCUCUACGCUUCUGAUUACGACUCCGACUCCGACUCUGUCGCCAGUGAAAACCAGCCUUUAGAGACAACCUAGUGAAAAUCCUUUAUUUCAUACUCUGUAAGUAUAGAUUAAGAAAGCAUUAGAACAACAGUUAUUUUUUUAUUUAUAGGCUGUGACAUGCCCAGCAGUGGAUGUAAGCCAUAUCAUGUUGGAAGCUUACAAAAAGUUUAUUCUAGUGUCUCUGAUCCUUCAUGGAAAGGUGAGACUUACUUCUGAUGUAUUUACGUGCAAAGUAACUCAUAUACCGAUAGUGCGUCUUAAGGGUUCUACAAAAUAUCUUUCCAGAAGUUAGCAAUAAUAUUUUUCCACAGAAUCAAUUACUCAUUUGGGCCAGUUCUUCAAGCUGACUUCUUCAACUUGUAUGUUGUGUUAGGUUUUGAUUAUCAUUGCUAUCUCAUGCUCAUGCCAGUUUUCUGAUUGAACAAGAUCAUGUCACCUCUCAGGUGUCAAAACACACGAACUUCUGUUAGGGCAAACAGCAAACCAAGAUCGCUAAAAAUGACCCUAGGGGAUUACACUGGAUCAUGUAUCUUGAAACCAUGGAAAAUCUAUGCCACUCAUGCCAAACAAAUUAAUAUUUUUUUGUAGUCAUGGCUGACCCACUAAUCUUGUAGUUAAAUGAAAACAAGAUCAUUUUUUGUAAAUAAUUGUAGAUUGAGUCAGAAGGUAAAAUAAAACUCACCUUGGGCCGACAAUGAGUGUCUGGGGGAAACAAAUCUCAUUGUUUUCCUGUAGGCUAGACAUUAAUUUCUUAAUAUUGACUGAUUCAUUUUAAUUUUGUGUAAAUUUUAACAAUCUUUUUACCUCAACAGAUAAUCGAUCUUCCAAAAUAUACCUCACAUGUCAUCAUGAGAUUCCUGAAGGUAAGAUUAGAAAGAAAUAAUUAAUAACAGAUGGUAUUCACAUGGAUUAUUGCAGCCAAGAAUUAAAGUUUCUAAGAAACCAUGUUUUUAAAAGUUUAUGUAAAAAAAUUGCGUGGUGUUAGUAACAACUCCUGGAAUAAAACGUGUCUCACAAUGACUUGUGUUCAUUGCAGCACACAUUACACAAACUAGAAUCAAGUUCUACUUCUUGCAACAACUGCAGUAACACUGGAUAUAAUUUUUCACUUGUUGUGACAAAAAUUACAAGAAAUUUUAUGCUAGGCAAUGUCUUAUGUAACAUGUCUUGCAACAACAGGGCCACAAGGCAAAAGCAACAAGUUGCCAAAAAUUUCCCAAAUGUAGUGCAACUGUUGCUUUCAAAGCCUUUAUUUUAUUGACAUUGACUGUACAGAAAAAGCUAAGGCAAACUUGCUUUAUUUUGUUAAGUUACUGUAUGUGUAAAGCCUUACAUCUGCCAAAUGGUUGAAAAUGCAUUUGCAGCUUAACUGCCAUCCAGAAUUUUGUAAUUUCUUAGAUCUUGUUUUCAUUUCAGCCUUUGAGUGGGGCAUAUCAUGAACUUGCAGCAAGUUACACAUCAAACAACCCCAAUGAAGUGCUAGCAGUGGCCACUAAAAAUGAGGAGACAUUUAGAACUGUAAGUUGAUGUGUAAGUUGAUCCAUUGAUCUUUGAAUGGUUCUGUCAAUUUACUGAAAUGUUUUUUUAUUGACAGGACAACAAUGUUGGCCUGGUCAAGCAAGUUGUCAGCUCACUAUACAAGAAAAACAUACUUAGACUUACAAAGGUACAGUACUUAUAUAGCUGCUGUGUAGUCAAAUUCUAUUGCAAGUAAUCUGACGGUCUUUAAAAUAUGAAAGAAAUAAUAAUAUUAUUGAUCCAAUAUCUAACCUGUCGACAGUACAGUACUAACACUAUGUUGCAACACAAUGCAAUGAAAUACUCCUUUUGAUAAGGGUUGCAGAUUUCAGUGUGAAACCUUCAUUUUCAGAAACAAGAUGCUCAAAUUUGUAAACUGAAGCUGUAUCUGUUUGUACAUGUGACUUAUCUAUUUGUUUUCUUCUAGACAUUUCUGACCCUUUCCUUAGCAGACAUGGCUAACAGAGUACAACUAAGCAGCCCAAGAGAAGCUGAGCAGUACAUAUUAAACAUGGUUUGUUGUGAUAAUAGAGUAUAAUACCAUUCAAUCUGUUAUUCCUGUUAUUGCACCUACAUAAAGUUGAGUAGUGGGUAUAACAAGAACUGAUUUAGCUGACAGGGAUAUUCUGAAACUUAAGUGGAGGUGACAAAUUCAUAAUUAUAUUGUUAUGGUAUCAGAGCUUCAACUCCCUUAUGGCCUUAUGUCUGUGGACAAAAUAAUAUCAAACAGGGCUGGGUUGUUCAAAGCUGGGUUAAGAUAACCCAGGGUUAGUGCAAAAUUUGAACUCAGAUAUGAGAGCUUAAAAAGCAAGAUUUUGAAGAUUGGAUACUCUGAAAAGAAUAGAGAAAACUAUACAAGAGAGUGCUUUUGAUAAAAAGAUAAAGUAUCCCAGAUUUAAAAUUUAACCCUGGAUUAGCGCUAACCGGCAUUCCAACAAGUGGGCCCAGGUCACUAGGUACCAUAAAACUGGAAUAGUAUGGUAUGCCUUAUCAAGAUAAAACAAAAAACAAAAAAGAAAUGUCUGACCACUUCUGAUUACCAGUUCUCCACAUUUAAAGUCCUUCCUUACUUACUUUUUGUGUGAAAAGUGUGAAACUGUCAUGUACGCUUUAUAGUCCCAUCACUUGAUAUAUUGUAUGUAAAAAAGCAAGUUUGAAUACAUAAAAAAUAGGAUAUCUUAGGGUUUCUUGAGGUCUCUUGGCCACUUAUUAUUUCCUACUUUUAAUCUCAUUUAACGUAUGUGUGGUGUAAAGUAAAGAUUGAGUUGAAUUAUUGCUCUCGUGGCGAGAUUCUAUUAACAAAUAAAAAAGGAACGAGGCAAUAAAACAAAAAUGCUGUAGACCAGUUAAGUUAUUUUAAUAAUAAGUAUAUUAUGUGCAUUGUCAGUUGAAGUGUUUUUUGGUCUGUUUCUUAUUUAAUUUAGAUAGAAGAUGGAGAUAUUUAUGCCAGCAUUAAUCAGCGCGAUGGAAUGGUUUCUUUUCACCAAAAUCCUGAAAAAUAUAAUAAUCCAAAGAUGUUAAAGAAGUUAGACAGGGAGGUAUGUUAACCCCACAAAAUAAGAAAUAUACCGGUAGGUUUAGGUUUAUAGUCGUCUGAUGGUCUGUUUACUACUGAAACUCUUUUGGGGGUAUCCGAUCACCUCGCCAGCAACUAAUGACUUGAACAAUUGACGCAGUCUACUUACCAAGGAUUAGACGAAAACCCCGUGGCUUGACUCUCUUGGGGAAAGCAAAGGAUGGUACACCAAAAAAACACAGUCACAAGAACCACACCAGCAAUGGAAAAGGGGUGGAAGGAAUAGCUUCCUACCGACGCCAACACGCGCAUUAGAAGCUUAAUCGUCCCACAGCUGAAUCUGAGGGCACUUACCAUUGGUCAGAACGGUUACGCAUUCGAGGCCCGGGGAAAGGGGGUACCCAACAAAUGUUUAUACGGGGAAGCUCCGCCCCGAGGUCCAACCCCUUACCCUUUUAUAUACCAUUUUUCUCGAAAAAGGUACCCCUUUCGUAUAUCUUCUAUUCACAAAUAAUACCUCUUUCACAUACCUUGUUUAGAACUUUGCAUCCCUUUUAACUGCUGUAAAUGCACUGUCCGUGAAACAGGAAUCAAUCACAAAAAUAGAACGUUUUCUGAUUUUAUAAAGCCACAAAAUUCAUCUGUUAGCCCUUUUGGGGCCUUUCACAGACCCAAAUGACAGAUUUCUCUACCCUUUCAUAUACCUGAAUCAUGAAAAAAGAUACCCCUUUCGGGUGGAGCCUCCCCGUAUAGGCCAUCAUAGGGAGUACCCCCUUAUGUUGAGGUGUGAAUAGCUCCAUGUACUUGGCUCAAAGAACGGAGAAUAUUCACCCAAAAUGUUUCCCUUGUUCUCAUGCAAACUUAAUUACUUGAAGUGAACAAAAUGUUUUGUGCGAUUUCACUGCUUGAGUUCGUAUCGAAACGACCGCUCUCCGUCAGAACUGGGCGGCCAGAUCAAUCCAGGGGAAAGAGAAUUCCACUUGUCUGUUAAUCAUAGCUGGCCAUCCAGAUGAAUCGUAAGCAAUAAUUAUAAUGUCAUGAUUCUUGAAGUGGAUCACUGCACUUACCUUAAUGACAGAGCGUUAGUUUUUAAUUUUUUGUUGUUUUUGUGUGUUGUUUUUAGAUGCGACUAUUUCAGCAUCUCGAUGAAAAGCUGCAACAUAUGGACCGUGAACUUGCCACCAAUCCUCAAUACGUACAAAAGGUAAGUUACUAUAGUAAUAGUCGCUCCCCUGGAUUACAAGAUGAGUUAAGGGUCAAAUGCGUAAACGGGACCGCCUUCUUAAAAAACCAAGGCGCACGGGUGACAAAAACUCACCAGCGUGGCUUGAAUAUCGCUGCUAAAGAAACAAAGUGGUGAAUUACUUAAGACCGCCCAGUGAAUGACUAUCUUAAUAAUGUGAUUGGGGGAAGCCUACAGGAAAAUCCCAAACGAUUUUGGAGCUUUAUCAAGCGCUUGCGGUCUGAGAACUUUGGCAUACCUAUAUUGCGCCAAGGACACUCAAUAUUUAUCUCUGACAAAGAUAAUGCACAAGCCUUGAAUGACUAUUUUCAAAGUGUGUUCACCAAAGACAAAGGCUUGCUUCCUGCCUUCUCACCAUCCACUCUUGCUUAUAUUAAUAACAUGCGGGACAUAGUGUUUUCCCCCAAUGGUGUUCUCAAACAACUUGCCUCAUUAAAUCCAUCAAAGUCAGCUGGCCCAGAUGGUAUCUCACCACGCUGCCUACGUGACCUGUCCGCUGAGAUUUCAAGCAUUUUGACAUUCAUUUUCCAACAAGGCUAUGACACGGGCACUGAUGAUACUGUGCUUUACAGGACCAUUAAUUCCCUACAUGACCAUCAAGUGCUCCAGGAAGAUCUACUUAACGUAACUAAAUGGGCUUCUGAUUGGCAGAUGGACUUUAACGUAACUAAGUGCCAUAUACUUUGUAUUACAAAGAAACGGAAACCCUCCAGCUUCACAUAUACUGCAAAUUCUGAGGCAUUAACAAAAGUCCCUGAAUGCGACUACCUGGGAGUUACGUGCACCGAAACCGGUCGCUGGGGUGCUCACUCACUGCUCUAAAAAUAGCUGCAAAGGCAAAUAAUAGGCCCCUUGGCCUUAUUAGAAAUAAGUCCCUUGGUCUUAUUAGAAAUAAGUCCCUUGGUCUCAUUAGAAGAUCACUGAAACCAUGCAGCGCAGAGGUUAAAAAGAGAACUUAUAUAUAGUACUAAUGCUAGUGGGGACGAGCAAAUGCUUGAAACAAAUAAUUCAACUUGCACUUAACAGGGUUAAGAAUCCCAACUGGCCUAGUGAGGCAAACCAGCUGGCUAUUUACAAACACGGCCGAGGAUUGGAACUUGGAACUACCGAAAACAAAUCCAGCUAGUGGUCAGAGCGGGACUCGGGCCCCAGAAUUGCAAGUCCAGCGCUCUAACUGCUCGGCCCACUGCCUUCUAUAAUAACUAAGCGACGCAGAGGAUUUGAACUCGGAACUACCAUGAACAAAUCCAGCAAACGGUCAGAGCGUGACGUGAACUCGGGGCCUCAGUCCUGCGCUCUAACUACUCGGCCACGCUGCCUCCUAUAAUAACUAAAAAGCUCACUUGCUGAAAAAUGUUGAUUUGUUUCUUAAUUAAUAAAUUUAUGUAGUUAUUUAAAAGUAAUUUAGGUAUUAUUUCUGUUUUUGCAGACUAUGGGAGCUAACGCCGAGGAAGAUGCUGGUAUUGGGCGGAUGAGAGAUGAAGUGUUGAUGUAA